CAGACUUCCCAGGCCCUCUUGACUCCAGCAGCACGAGCUGGGAGAGAGCGAUCAGGGAGUCCGCCGCUGCCACCUCAACAUGGAGUAGCGACAUCCCAGGCGUUCGGUGCUAGAAGAGCGGCUCCCACAGAGAGGACCAGGCGACGGCUCGUAUCGCUACCACCGGCCGAGGGCCCCGCACAUGAUACAGCAGCAACCGCCUUUUGUAGACGCGACGGAACGCUCGGCUCCCCCGUUGAAAGAUGGCGAACGACUCUCCAGCUAAAAGUCUAGUAGACAUCGACUUGGCUUCAUUGCGGGAUCCCGCUGGGAUAUUCGAAUUGGUGGAGGUGGUUGGAAACGGCACCUAUGGACAAGUAUACAAGGGACGACAUGUCAAGACGGGACAGUUGGCGGCCAUUAAGGUCAUGGACGUCACAGAGGAUGAGGAGGAGGAAAUUAAACUGGAGAUCAAUAUGCUGAAGAAAUACUCUCACCACAGAAACAUAGCCACCUACUACGGUGCUUUCAUUAAGAAGAGCCCCCCGGGACAUGAUGACCAGCUAUGGUUGGUGAUGGAGUUCUGUGGCGCUGGUUCGAUCACAGACCUGGUGAAGAACACCAAAGGGAACCAGCUGAAGGAAGACUGGAUCGCCUACAUCUCUAGAGAGAUUCUCAGAGGUUUGGCCCACUUACAUGCCCAUCACGUCAUCCACCGUGACAUUAAGGGCCAGAAUGUCCUGCUCACUGAAAAUGCAGAAGUCAAACUAGUGGACUUUGGGGUCAGUGCUCAGUUGGAUCGAACAGUGGGGAGGAGAAAUACCUUUAUUGGCACUCCUUACUGGAUGGCCCCUGAGGUCAUUGCUUGUGACGAGAACCCAGAUGCUACAUACGAUUACAGAAGUGAUUUAUGGUCUUGUGGUAUCACAGCUAUUGAGAUGGCCGAAGGAGCACCACCACUUUGCGACAUGCACCCAAUGCGUGCGCUCUUCCUCAUUCCAAGAAACCCUCCUCCAAGGCUCAAGUCCAAAAAAUGGUCCAAAAAGUUUUUCAGCUUUAUUGAGAGCAGCUUGGUGAAGAACUACACACAGCGACCCCCAACAGAGCAGCUGCUGAAACAUCCUUUCAUCCGGGAUCAGCCCAACGAAAGGCAAGUCCGCAUACAGCUCAAAGACCACAUCGACCGGACCAAGAAGAAGAGGGGAGAGAAAGAUGAGACAGAGUAUGAGUACAGCGGUAGUGAGGAGGAGGAAGAGGAUCCCCCAGAGCAGGAGGGAGAGCCCAGCUCCAUUGUCAACGUGCCAGGUGAGUCAACUCUGCGCCGCGAUUUCAUCCGCCUGCAGCAGGAGAACAAGGAGCGAUCUGAGGCACUCCGUCGGCAGCAGCUCCUCCAGGAGCAGCAGCUCCGGGAGCAGGAGGAGUACAAGCGUCAACUACUGGCCGAGAGGCAGAAACGCAUUGAGCAGCAAAAGGAGCAGAGGAGGCGGCUGGAGGAGCAACAGCGGCGAGAACGCGAGAUGAGGAGGCAACAGGAGCGCGAGCAGCGUCGCCGCGAGCAAGAGGAGAAGAGGCGAAUCGAAGAGAUGGAUCGUAGACGUAAAGAGGAGGAGGAGCGUCGGCGGGCCGAGGAUGAGAAGAGGAGGAACGACCGCGAACAGGAGUACAUCAGGCGUCAGCUGGAAGAGGAGCAGAGACACCUGGAGAUGCUGCAGGAGCAGCUCCUCCGUGAACAGGCCAUGCUGCUGGAGUUCAAGUGGCGGGAGCUCGAGGAGCAGCGCAAGGCAGAGCGACUCCAUCAGCGCCUGCAGCAGGAGCAGGCCUACCUGCUGUCGCUCCAGCAUGAAUCCAAGCAGCAGCCUGGAGACAGGACCAAAGUCCCCUCAGACCAUAGCAAACCCCCGCAGACCUCCGCCCUGCCCCCUGACAGAGCCAUUACGGCAACCCCGCAUGCUCAGGUUCUUGACAGUGUUGUUUCUGUGGCCAAAGGCUCCCACGAGUCCUCCGGAGCCUCUCAGACAUUCCCCUCAGACAACGUUAAAUCCCAGGCAGCUGUGCCACAGAAGACUGACUCUGAUGAAACCUGUCCGAGCCAGCUCACUAAUUCCCCUAGCCCCCCUCAGCCUGAAACCCUCAGUGACUCUAAAACCUCCCAGGCAGAACCAUUGGACCUCAAUAGGCCUGCUGUGUCUGUCAGUCAUCCUCCUCAGCCUAUCGGAGAGGCUGAUGAGCGCUACCGUAAGAACAUCCAGGGUUCUCCUCAGACCGCCCCUCCUCCCAAGCAGCCACCUCUGCCUCCCCGCUCCUCUGAAUCAUUCUCCAACGGUGGCUCCUCCUCAGAGGCUGCUGCCAUGCACCGGCCCAUGGAGCCUCAGGUCCAGUGGUCCCACUUGGCUGCUCUAAAGAGCAGCAACAGCGCCGCCCCCUCUCCUCCUCCUCCUCCUCCACCCGUGGUCUCCCGCUCCCAGUCCUUCAGUGAGCCCGGCGGCGUGACCACUAGCUUUGCACAACUCCACCUGCGUUCCCAGGACCCCCACCAUCACCAUCACCACCCAUCACCUGCACGCACUGACCCACAGCCCCAUCCUCCCCUACACCACCCUCAGGCCCAGACUAGGGCUGAGCACCAGGCCAUCAAUGAAGAGGUGCCUCCCAAGGUGCCAGUUAGGACAACAUCCCGGUCUCCAGUGCUGUCACGUCGCGAGUCCCCUCUGCCAUCGCAGCCCAGCAACCAGGGAGGACAAAGGAAUGCUAGCAGUAACUUGGACCAGCGUCCGCUGUGGGACCGGGUGGAGAAGCUGCAGCCUCGGCCAGGCAGCGGCAGCUCCUCUGGCUCCUCCAACUCCAGCUCACAGGCCGGUUCUGGGGACCGCUUCAGGCCACGCUGUGAGUCUCCUGCUUCCUCUAAAUCUGAAGGAUCCCCUCUCCAGCGGCCCGAGAACGUUACCAAAAAACAGGAUGAAAAGAACCUCGCCAGGCCCACUCGACCAGCUGACCUGACUGCUCUGGCCAAGGAGCUCCGUGCGGUAGACGACGUGCGACCUCCACAUAAGGUCAUCGAGUACUCCUCCUCAAGCGAGGAAUCGGGCACCACUGACGAGGAGGACGAUGAGGAGGUGGACCAGGAGGCUGGGGACGAGUCCACUUCAGGAACCGAGGACUCCAGGGCUGGGAGGCUAAGUAACGGGGAGACAGAAUCUGCCAAGACCAUGCUGGUUGAGGACUCGGAAAGCGACCAAGCCUCGACACCUUCGAAGGAUGGCACCCUGGUCAUUAGACAGAGCACCAUUGACAUAAAGCGGUUGGUCAGUCUCUCAUCCUCAUCCUCUUCCUCGGCUGGCUUCGGUCAGCCCCAGCCCCCCAUCUACAGCCUGCCAGAGAAAAAUGGCUUUUCAGGCCGCAUACAUCACCUGCCAGACCUUAUCCAGCAGAGCCAUCACCCCCCCUCCUCCUCCUCCACGACCAUCCCUUCCUCCUCCUCCUCUUCUUCCUCCCUCCCCUCUUCAUCUAGCCAUGCCAGUCCUGCCGUAUCCCCACAGAACUCCCUGGACAAACUCAUUGCCAUAGAGUCCCAGUCAGAGACCAACUCCAUUUCCAAACACAAGUCAUCCUCAUCCUUUACUCCGUUCAUUGACCCGCGCCUCCUCCAGAUCUCCCCAUCCAGUGGCAGCUCUCUCAACAACAUGGCUGGAUUUGGGCAGGAUGGGCGACUUGCAGACCCGCUGAGGGUCGAUCCGUCCCGUAAAGGCUCCGUGGUCAACGUCAACCCAGUCAACACGCGCCCACCGAGCGACACUCCAGAGAUUCGCAAGUACAAGAAGCGGUUCAACUCUGAGAUCCUGUGUGCUGCGCUCUGGGGGGUGAACCUGCUGGUGGGGACAGAGAGUGGUCUGAUGCUGCUGGACCGAAGUGGUCAGGGAAAGGUCUACCCCCUUAUUAACCGAAGACGCAUCCAACAGAUGGACGUCCUGGAGGGACUCAAUGUCCUGGUCACUAUAUCAGGUAAAAAGAACAAACUGCGAGUGUAUUACUUGUCGUGGCUCAGAAACAAGAUUUUGCACAACGACCCUGAGGUGGAGAAGAAGCAGGGCUGGGUUAACGUGGGCGACCUGGAGGGCUGCGUUCACUACAAAGUCGUAAAGUACGAGAGGAUUAAGUUCCUGGUGCUGGCCUUGAAGAACUCUGUGGAGGUGUAUGCUUGGGCACCCAAACCCUACCACAAAUUUAUGGCCUUUAAGUCUUUCGGUGACCUGGUGCACAAACCUCUGCUGGUGGACCUGACCGUGGAGGAAGGACAGAGGUUAAAGGUCAUCUAUGGCUCCUGCUCAGGCUUCCAUGCUGUGGACGUGGACUCUGGUGCUGUCUACGACAUCUACCUGCCCACGCAUAUCCAGACCAGCAUUCAGUGCCACGCCAUCAUCAUCCUGCCCAACACGGACGGCAUUGAGCUGCUGGUGUGUUAUGAGGACGAGGGCGUCUAUGUCAACACCUACGGUCGCAUCACGAAGGACGUGGUGCUGCAGUGGGGAGAGAUGCCAACUUCAGUGGCCUACAUUAGGUCAAACCAGAUCAUGGGCUGGGGUGAGAAGGCCAUAGAGAUCCGCUCUGUGGAGACGGGACACUUGGACGGCGUCUUCAUGCACAAGAGAGCUCAGAGACUCAAGUUCCUUUGCGAGAGGAAUGAUAAGGUUUUCUUUGCAUCUGUGCGAGCUGGAGGUGCCAGCCAGGUGUACUUCAUGACCCUGGGGCGCACCUCCCUCAUGAGCUGGUAGCCGACGUCCUGCCGCUCCCAAACCUGAUGACCAGACCUAAGCAGUGACCAAAAUGCCACGACUGUGACUAUGAACAACUAUGAUGACGACAAUAACAGCUUCCUCUCACCUGCCCGGGCAAACGAAACCACAGAUCGGACUGUAAUGAUGAAGUAAGCGAGGGAUGGGUGUGUACUUGGAGGCAGGGAGCUGGGUUCUGUCACAGUUCACUGAGAAUACUAAUAACGUAUACUACAGCGACAGAAAUCCUCUGAGCCUUUCUCACCACGCCCUCAUGACCAACCUUUGAGCCAAUCCCCUCCUCCUCGUCCUGCAGGGGGUCGUGGGAUCUGUUGCCUGUCGAUGAUAAUUAUGUGUCAUAGUAAAACUCUGCAUCCUGUUUUGUGUGUGAACGGAGGAGACGCCGAGCAUGUGACAAAGUGUAUAAUCUGAAGGGAAGCUCACCGGCUAAACACGGCUGUUACUCUUAUUAUAGAAGUAUACUGCACUGUAUGUGCCACACUUGAGAGUAGCUGUGCUUAGUUGAGGUAAAAUUCACUCAUAUCCCCAGCGUGACAGUUUCCCACGUCAAGCAAGUCAUCACAUCCACAGUUUUCCCCCAGUUACCAAUGCUUUACUCGUAAAUCUGCCUGAGUCUUCACUUUUUUGCCUUCUCCUCCAAAGUGAAGAUUUUUUAAGGGACCUUCUUGAUGUAUGAUUAAACACAGGGUACUGGACAUCGGCGUGUACAUAUGUAGGCUUCGUACCUUCCUGGGGUUAAACAGACACUCUUUCCACUUUUAACCACAUUGCCUCACGUCAGGUUGAGUCCAGCAGAGGUAGCCCUGCUAACGAUAGCAUGUUGCUUUGAUUUGACGUUAUCGACUAAUGUAGCCCCGGUUUCAUACACUGUAUAUUUUCUAUGACUUGCUGUACAUUAAUAAAGCAUAAACACACAGGACAAAGCCGUGGAUGAGCUUUAAAGGAUUUUUUACUGGUCGGUAUCACAUUGACAACACACACAAGUAGACCUAGAAAUACGAGCUCCAUCCCCAUGAUGUUUGAUUUCUAGGUGGGUUCUUCCUUCAACAUCACUGAUAAGUAGGACUAGCGCAAACUGUGAAUUAGACAUGCAGAAGUACAGUAGCAGGUGGCCAUUAACAUAGCAUGGAGGUGACCAGGCAGACGUGAGAGUAAGGGAAUGAAGGCAGCGUGCUUAGAUGUGGCAUAAAUGAGCUUUGAAAUCCAUACUCAUCAGCUGAUGUAUGAUGUUUAUCACAAAUCACCAGACUACCGGCUUAAGCUUGAUGGUGUGCUAAAAAGCUGCCCUAGACUGGGCCAACGUCUUCUGACGAACGAUGACACAUGGACUUUGCGUAUUAUAGGGACACUUUAUUCUGAAGCAGACAUGUAAUUCAAUAUUGGACCUUUUUGAUGUUUUGGGUUUCAGACCGUUUAUCCGGUUCAGUUUGAGCUGAAGAGACGACUACACAACGUAACUAGGCCGUGACACUUCACGUUAGGUUUAACUUCAUUGUUGAAAUAGGGAAUCCAUCCUGCAGCUGUGUGUGAGUGUGAGUGAGAGAGAGUGUUUGUGAGUGUGUGUGUGUGUGAGCGGGUGUGAGAAAACUUGACAACGGGACUCAAAUCUGCCAGGCUUUACUUGCUUCACCUGAACUUGACUCUUCAAUGCCGCUCUCAGUAAGGAGGGUGCCUUCACUUCACUGUCUAAGAUGGGGAAUGCCACAGAACACAAUACUGAGAUGAUUCUCGAUAAUCACAAAAAACGAAUCACGUUCUAAUAUAGCAGUGUUACGAAACCGCUUCAGACGGCGUGAAUGAAGCAGCAUUUUCUUUUUAACUCGGACUUAGUUUUUAGUCUUGUUUUCUGCAACUUUUAUUAUGUAACCUUUCAGAUAAGUAUGCGACUGCAGUGGUUUUGAAAUUGUAAUGCACACCUUAUGUUGAAAAUGUUUACAGAAGCAAUUGUUUUGUUCAACCAAUGUGCAUCAAUAUGAAUAUUUAUGGUUUAUUUUGAGGGCAGUUUCCCCCCGUUUUGUAUUUUGUAUUCCCUUUUUGUACUAUCAUUUAGACAUUUGUGUACAGGAAUAAUCAACUUUUGUUCACGUUACAAAUUACACAAGUCAAGAGUGUGAUUUCACUGAUUCCUCUGCAUCGUGCACCGUGUGCCCCUGGCUGCGUGGCCGCGUGGAUGAUGUAUCGUCUUCCACCCAGGUGCCAGGUGACAUGUUUCCUCUCAAGCGUCUCUCUGCCAUGCCUCUCUAAUUUAUGUCCUAUCUGUGUGUACUAUGGGAAUUACUGUAUUUUCCUGAAGUCUUUUUUUUCCAUUGAAUAAAAUCUGAAGUAAUUUA